AUCGCUGACCUGAGCUGAGCUGGCGGGCAGCAGCAAUCCGCACAUCCACAUACAUUUACCUCAACUCCCCCAUGAAACCAAACGACAACACUUCAACUAUCACCUCACCCCGGCUCCCCACCCUCACCACCCUCACAACCAGCCAAACCACAAACCACACAAUCACAAUGAGCGCCUCCAAACAAGCAGUCGUCUGCGUCUUCUGCGGCUCCCGCUCCGGCACCUCCCCCGCGCACCUCGACGCCGCCCGCGCCCUGGCCCGCCAAUUCCACGAACACAACGUCCAGCUCGUCUACGGCGGCGGCACGGUGGGGAUCAUGGGCGAACUGUCCCGGACCCUGGUGGCGCUCUCGGGCCCGAAGGCCGUGCACGGGAUCAUUCCGCGGGCGCUCGUCGAGGUCGAGGAGGGAUAUAAGACUCCAUCUACCGGAUCUGCCAAUGAUGCUGGGAAUGGAGCGGCUGGAGCAGGAGCACCAGGCGCAGGCAAAGCCCCCGAACGGCUGGGCGGAGACACCCUCGAGGAAACGGAGUACGGGCAGGUGACGGUGGUGCCGGACAUGCACACGCGCAAGCGGCUGAUGGCGCAGAAGGUGCUGGAGGGGGGCCCGGGGUCCGGGUUCGUGGCGCUGGCGGGCGGGUUCGGGACGAUGGAGGAGCUGAUGGAGGUGACGACGUGGAAUCAGCUGGGGAUCCAUAAGGCCGGGGUGGUGCUGUUGAAUAUCAAUGGGUACUGGGACGGCGUGCUGCAGUGGGUGCAGUCCGCCGUGCAGCAGGGGUUCGUCAGUCGCGAGAAUGCCACCAUUCUCGCCGAGGCGGACCGGCCGGAGGACGUGCUGCGCAUGUUGCGCGAGUAUCGCAUCAGUAGCGAUCGCAUGGCGUUGGAUUGGGGGCAGGAGUAGGCUUCCUGCCUUCAAGGUACUGGCGACGACGGGAUUGGGGUAUACCGCAUUAUAGACGUCUAUAUAUCGAAUGCUAGGCGA